ACAGGAAAUUCAAGUAUUCAACCACCCAACAAGAUGCUUCCAAGUUGUUUUUUCUCCACAAAUUUUGUGAUGCAAUCACCGCCUGAAUUCUCUCUGUGUAGCAAACCCAAUAACAUUCCUUCCCACUGUUUAUAGCAAUCGAUCAAUGAUUAUUUGCAGUAACAACGAAUCUCCCAGUUUUCCUUUCGUCUCCUAAUUCCAUAUACGAUCCGAUUUCCCUUUUUUGUUCCAUUUUUUGAGUGUUUUGAUCACGAGGAGGUUCCAAGCUUAAUGGGAUUUGGGUCGAUUUUCAAUCGGAAGAAGAAGCGAGGUUCCACGAAUUCAGCUGCUUCUUCACCGGAUGUUCCAUCGAAGAAAUCGUUGUUCAUCCAAUUCCCGAUGCGAUCCUCCUUGGGAAAUUUCGCCCAGACCCAACUCCAAGAAAUCGAAGGAGUGUUCAAAACGUUGGACGCCAACGGCGACGGCAAGAUCUCGGCGUUGGAGCUCGGUUCCAUCUUGAGAUCACUCGGCCAACGGCCCUCCGACGAGGAACUCGACGAGAUGAUCAAGGAAUUCGACGCCGACGGCGAUGGGUUCAUCGAUUUCAACGAGUUCAUCGAGCUGAACACCAGAGGGAUCGACCACGAAGAGGUUCUGGAGAACCUGAAGGACGCUUUCUCGGUGUACGACAUCGACGGGGACGGUUCGAUUUCAGCCGAGGAACUCCACGAGGUGCUCCAAAGCCUCGGGGAUGAGUGCUCGAUCGCCGAGUGUAGGAAGAUGAUAAGCGGCGUGGAUAAUGACGGGAAUGGGAUGAUUGAUUUCGAGGAGUUCAAGGUGAUGAUGAUGGCUGGGGCCACUUUUGGCUCCAUUGAAUCCGAUAAGAGAAAGGUUGCCGUCUAAAUCAAUUCAUCAU